AUGAUUUCCACCCGUAACAUCCGUGUCAUCGUCUCCGUGUUGGCGAUCUUCGGGAUCGUGACGUUCUUCGCCAUGUCCCAGAACUCCCUCGGAGACAAUGUCCAGCGAGUCCAACCCGCGGCCAGCUCCGACGACCACGUCCCUUUCAAAGAACACCCUGAACCAAACAACAUCAAGGGCACUCCCCAGAGCGUGGAUCCGCCAUACUCCCAGAGUGACAAGGCUGGUGGCGCCAACUCCAAGCCCAAGGUCAUUGCUGACAAGAUCGGAACCGACACUCCCACCAGUGGUGAUUCCAAGCCAGCCGCUGGAACUGCUGCCAAGGCGCCAGCUGGUGGAUCCAAGCCCAAGACGGGAGUCUCUGGCACCUGUGACAAGAAGGAAUACGUGGUGAUGAUUGACGCAGGAUCCACUGGGUCUCGUGUGCAUGUGUAUGAGUUUGAUACCUGUCAAGCUCCACCCAAAUUGUUAAAGGAAGAGUUCAAGAUGUUGAAUCCCGGAUUGUCGUCGUUCGACACUGACACCAAGGGUGCCGCUGCGUCCUUAGACCCCUUGUUGAAGGUGGCUUUAGAGACGGUGCCAAAGGACAAGCAGGCAUGCACUCCUGUAGCCGUCAAGGCUACAGCAGGCUUGAGAAUGUUGGGUGAGGAAAAGGCCAACAACAUCUUGGCUGAGGUCAGAAGACAUCUCGAAAAAGACUACCCAUUUGCAGUGGUCGAGGGUGACGGUAUCUCCAUCAUGGACGGCAGAGACGAGGGUGUAUACGCCUGGGUCACUGCCAACUACUUGUUGGGCAACAUUGGGUCUUCCGAAAAGACUCCCACUGCUGCUGUGUUUGACUUAGGUGGAGGCUCCACCCAGAUUGUUUUCGAGCCAGAAUUCGGCAACAAUGAGAAGAUGGUUGAAGGCGAGCACAAGUACGAAUUCCUGUUUGGCGACAGAGAUUUCACCUUGUACCAAUAUUCGCACUUGGGCUUUGGAUUGAUGCAAGGCAGAAACAAGAUUAACGGCUUGGUUGUGCAAUCAGCCCUUAAUAGCAACCCUGAGGUAUCCAAGUCCAAGAUUAGCUCCAAGGCCGAUGCCAAGAAGGCCAAAGCCACCCUCACCAUCAACAACCCAUGCAUUGCUCCAGGAGUUGUCGCUGAAAACGUUCUUGUCGAGCUCGGUGCAGAUGAAUUCUACGUGGUCAACAUGAAGGGCCCUUCAGUCGCCAACGGAGCCCAGUGCCGGUUCCUUGCUGAAAAAGUGUUAGACAAGGAGAAGGAGUGUACCACCAAGCCAUGCUCUUUCAACGGUGUGCACCAACCUUCGUUGACCAAGGCGUUCAGAAGAUCUUCUGACAUGUAUGUGUUUUCUUUCUUCUACGACAGAACCAACCCAUUGGGAUUCCCCUCGUCUUUCACGGUGGAGGAAUUGACCGAGUUGGCCAAGGUGGUGUGUAACGGUGAGCUGUUGUGGAAGGACGUGUUGUUAGACGAUCAUGUCAAGCAAUUGAAAGAAGAGCCUCAAUGGUGCUUGGAUUUAUCGUUCGUCACUGCUCUUUUGCACACUGGUUACGAUAUUCCUUUGCACAGAGAAUUGAGAACUGCCCAGAAGAUCGAUAACAACGAAAUUGGAUGGUGCUUGGGUGCCUCAUUGCCGUUGUUGGAUGGAAAGGGCUGGAAAUGUCGUAUUGACCAGGUUGCCUAG